AUGAAGAUUAUAUUUCUUAAUUUGCUUUUGCUACCUUGCAUUUUGUCAUUGAAUGAAGAAUUAUUACAUUAUGUUAGUGACGAUGUAUCAGGUGGAUCUUACAAAUAUUAUAGCUUAAUGUAUGAAGGUAUUAUAAAAAUUUUAUUAAUAUCCCAAACUGGAGAUGCAGAUUUGUAUGCAUCACAUACAACGGCGAAACCAACUUAUGAACCAGAUCACUAUAGUCUGCAAUCUACAACUUGCGGAGAAGAUAUUAUAGUUGUGCCAGACAAUUUCAAAAGGCCUGUUAGCAUAGGAGUGUAUGGACAUCCUUCGCAUGAAUUAAGUAAAUAUACUUUAUUGGUAUACGAAGUGAUAUCAAUGGAUGAUCAGACAACUUAUGAUCAAAAAGUAGAGAAUAUUUACAAGGAUAGUGAUAACAAGAAGAAAAGUCCAACAUUUAUAGUUACUUUUAUGAGGUCUAUUGGCAAUGUAUUAUUUGAAAUAUUUUUUUAA